CAUCGGAAAGAGAAGUUAUUUCUGUUUUAAUCGAUAGCGAUGAAGUUCAAAAAAUAGAAAGCAAAAUUCUUGAUGAUAUUAUUAUGGAAUCUAAAAAAUGGCUUUAUCUUGAAAAAACUGAAACUAUUGGAUAUUAUCUGAAGCUUUCUGAACUAUUAAAAGAAAUCGAAGAAGAAGAUAACAAAACUAAACUUCACGAGAUAAAGAAGUUCUAUAUAUUAGUUCAAGAAAGAGAACUUAAAAGAAUUAGCCUUGCCGACAGUUAUAAGCAAAAUUAUCUUAAUUCAUUGCAAAAGCUUAAUUCUGAGAUCUAA